UCAACACCAAAUAAAGUCCGCAUCUAAAUUCCGAGGUCUUCUGAACAAACACCGCUAGCCCCAUAACUAAAUCCACGGAUCUGGCGUACGUCAUACUAUCUACGUGUAAAUAGGCAGAGGCCACCAUGGCCCUCCUCAAAAUCCCCUCCUCCCUAGAAGACCUCGCCAUUCCAGCAGUCUGUACCCUCAUCUUCUUCCUCUCCUAUACCUCCCAGUAAGCCAGCUUACUCACCUCCUCCCUAACUCUCUGACACUUUCUGGUCACAGGAUUCUAUUCCAUUACCUCGAACCCGGUCCUUUAUUGUGGGAGGAGACAUUAUGGUUCAACGGGUUUGUGCUGUGUAUAUGGUGGACGUAUGAUCGAGCUUGUACAGUUGAUCCCGCACCGAGGGGAUGGGUAAAUCGAGUUGUCGGCCAGGUCUUGGAGCAGGAGACUGAGUGCGCCAAUACAGGGGUUGAGGAGAAGAUUGGGAGUGAGGAAAGUUCUUCUGAGGAAGUGGAAGAAGAGGAAGAGGUGAAGAUACCAAAAGGCAUGCGCUGGUGCAAGAAAUGCAAAGCUAUCAAACCGCCACGAGCACAUCAUUGCAAGAAAUGCUCUCGGUACGCCUCGUCCCACUUCAGGCCCCGGAACUUCACUAAUAUUCUACCCCCAGCUGCAUCCCUAAAAUGGACCACCACUGCCCUUGGACAUCCAACUGCGUCUCCUCCACCACAUUUCCCCACUUCCUCCGCUUCGUCUUCUACGCUCUCCUCUCAAUAUGCAUACUCGAACGUCACCUCUGGGUCCGGCUGCACAUCUUAUGGGACCAACGCUCUCUACCUUCCUACCUAGGACCCUCUUUUUUCGCCCUCUUUCAUCUCCUCGUUCUUACAGCAACCAAUACUAUGAUAUUAAUAGCCCUCCUUCUUUUAUUCAUUCAUGCAACUCACAGUCUAUGCACAAACACGACUCAAAUAGAGGGCUGGGAAGUAGAUCGUCAUGCUGCCCUCCUUUCUCGCGCGAAAAGAAAUGGUGGUUGGAUUACGACGAAUAGCGGCGUUAAAGUGAGGAUCGUGAGCCAGGAGUUUCCUUAUGAUAUCGGGAUAUGGAAAAAUCUGGUAGCAGGUAUGGGAAGCUCUAAUCCUAUAUUUUGGUUCAUGCCGUUUGGACCGAUGCCUAAGAUUGAGGCAGGGAUGUGGGAGAAUAAUGGUUUCGAGGAUGAGGGGACGAUGUGGCCACCUUUGGAUCCUGAUAAGAUGUCCUCUAAUUCUAGAAGAAGUGUGGAUGGGAGGGGCUUUUUGGAGAUGGAUACUAGAGAGGAGGAGAAGGAGGCAUUUAAAAGGAGGCAGGAGGAGGAUUUUAAAGCCAGGGGAGGUGUUUAUACAUUUGAAGGUGUUGAAUACAGGUCGACGUCGAAUAUGUUUGCUGAUGAAGAGGAUGAUGAUGAUGAAUUGGAGACCAGAGUUGAUGGAGAUGUGAAAGGUGGAUGGACGAAUUCUGAAGGCGAAAGAUUACGAGAUUUUGGCGUGGAUGAAGAGGGGGAAGAUGAGGAUGAUAUUCCCUUGGGCGAGUUAUUGAGACGGAGGAAGGCUAGAGCUUAUGAAUCUUAGAGAUUGGGUGUAGGAGUUGUUAAGGCAUGGAAAAAUAGAAAGGUAAUUAUCCUUCGUAUUGAAAGAAGAUGCUGAAUACAUAUAUUUAUAGUUACUAUGUAUCCUGGUGCCUACGUCAAGAUCACAAGUAUAAACGUUGAAGCUCUACAGUUGCAAUUCUGGGCUCACGUUCCGGAGAAUACAAAGGCACUGUACUAGGAGAGAAAUAUCUUGAGUAAUUGAGUGCUACCUGAUUAUGAGAUCUCCC